AUGCCCCUCUUCUUCUCCUCCGCCUCCAAACGGCGCAAGUCGGAAGCGAAUCUGCGCAAACCAAAACCAGAUCUCGCCGCGCCUCCAAUUCCGCCUUCUCUGCCCAUGCCUGAGCGCCUGAGCGUCUUCGGUUCGCUUGAAACGGCUCUGAUGAGCUCGGGCUCGGGAAGCGGAGAGCGUGGGUUGGAGAGGUCCCGGCCGGGCAGCGGGAAACGGAGUGUGAGCGAGCAGAGGAGCGAGGCGGGACUUUCGAGGCCAGGAAGGGAGGAGGAGACGCGCGCGAAGCAGGCGGUACAUUCGGCCGCCCUGGACGGCCGUCUACAGCCUGGUCAGUCGACGAAGCAGCUGGACGCUGAUAUGCCGAUCACGCCGCCGCGCCGCAACUCAUCUCUCUUCCAACCUUCUCGCACGCAUACCGAUGGCUCCCUUCCUUCGGCUGCAUACGCGGCUCAGCCGCAGACCACCGACACCAUCAACCUGAAUCCACCUCCCUCGAACGGUUCGACGCCGACCUUCGCCCAAGGCGAGCCCGAGACACCGCCAAAGGGCAUCUCGCAAGCGCUCGCCUCGCCCACUCCGGCCCUCUCGCCGUCGUAUGCGCCCGCUCUCCCUCUGUCGUACAAACCGUCGUUCGCCUCGAACGGCAUUGUCGGCGUCCCGGUGUCUUCGUCCUUCUACGGCGCUCCUUCUUCACCGCCGACUUCUCCGCCUACUUCGCCCCCUCGAUCCGCAAUUCCACCUCGCCGGGACAGCCUGCUGCGUCCGAAGCCGUCGGCCGAAGCACACAUCCCGACUGGCGCGACAAGGCGACGCGAGCGGACCGUCGACGGGUCGGUAGGUAUCGGCGAGGCUGAUCGACCUGAGCGAGACGAGGCGCCGCAGGGCUUCGCGAACGGGACGAUCCGUCAAGCGAGUGCAGGUGAAGAUUCAGCAGUGUCGCUUGGCGCCGCCUAUGUCGCCACCAGCCUGAACGGCACUCCGACGCAGCAGAGCUCGCCUCAGCCGUCCCUACCGCCUGGGGCAGCUCCUCCUUCCCCUCCGACCGCCCUGUCUGCCUCACCUCGUCCCGCCUACAACGCUCUCGCGGCGUUCUACGGCACCACCUCGCCUUCCCUCUCGACGCUCUCCUCCUCGUCGGAAGACGUCACGGCCAAUGCGUCUACGCGCUUUUUCACCCGGCAGUUCUCGUCCGACGGGAGCUUGACGACGCCCAGCUUGUCUGCCGAGGAAGGCGAUUCGACCGAGUCUAAAGCUCGCGUUUCCGUGCCUGGAGACGAGCAACCUACGCCACCGGAGUACGGCCAGAAGCUCGAGGCUUUGCAGGAUGCCUUCGAGCAGACUCCGCCUCCGGUCGCCUUGUCGACCGCCUCGCCCGAGCCAGCUGGGACUGAGCACGACAGCACGACGCCAACGCCGACUCCGACACUCGCUUCUUUCCCCGUCAAGACGGCACCAUCUCCGCCUGCGCCUGCGGAUACGCCUGCUAGGCGGUCUCGAAGGACAUCGUUGUUCGAAUCAGCAACGACCACGGUGGUGACGAACGUGCCGUCACACGCGGACAGUCUGCCAAAGAAGCUCACGAAGAAGCCGCCCGGCAAGAACCGCGACUCCGUCCGGCCGUUGCAGCCUCAGCUGCUGCCGAAAAUGUCGCCUACCUCGCCAGCUUCUCCCGUUUCGGCCGAAGCUGCACCCGUCAGCCAGCUUGUCGUCUCGCGCCCACCCCGACGGACUUCACUUCUUCCCUCGCCUGUCAUUCCGCCAACCUCGCCUCCUCAGCCUUUCGCCCACUCACGCUCACCACCAACGUCUCCUCGAGCCCCUGCCUAUCAGCGGCAGCCCUUCCCGCCUGAAGCGUCGCCGAAGCGAAUAGUUCGGUCAGAAGCCGAUGCGAUUCGCCUUGCUGCACUCAAGGCGGCACGACAGCGGGAGGAGCAGGAACAGGUCCCAACCUCGCAGCAGGGAUCGGAGGAUCAGGCCGCCGCCACUCCGCUGACCGAUGCGGACGGACGCAUCCUUCAGCCCCGCUUCGAGUACGCCUUCGCAACCUACCCGCCGACCAUCCUCAAGUCGCUUGUCGGCCAGAUCCGCUACGCCGACCUCCUCUCGCUUCGCAAUGUCUCGAAGACUAUGCGCAGAGCGAUCGACGUCGAGGGCAGGGAGCUCGUGCUCGAACGCUUCCUCGGCUCGCAAGGGUACCGGUCGCUCGCCUCGGCACCCGCAGGCCACAAGUACCGUCCCGAUGCUGCAGCGGGCAUGCUCAACCUCGACGUGCGCGAUUUGAUCGCCUUCCGUGCGGGCCUGCAGCUCGGCCAGGACGACUACUCCCGCCUCGCGAGAGCCUACACCGUCGACCCAGCGCGGUUCUCGACUGCCUCGCUACGUCUCGCUCGAGCCACGACUCGCGCCUGGAACCGAGUCGCACUUCGUCUACGGGCUCAGUCGAUGCUGCCUUCGUCGUCGCUCAAUACGCCUGCGUACCCGGUCUCGACGGCCAGCUCUCCCGCCUACAAGCCCGGUCGAGCCGCGUUCCUCCGAGUCUGGGUGCCGACGCGAGACGGCGGAAGUUGGAUGACCGACAACGAGCUUGUCGAGUGCGAGAGGGAGGUAUACCGGAGCGGAGUGUGGACGCAGCUGAAGAAGGGCGACGUCGUCGCAAACGUCGGGGUCGUCCUCCCCUUCGGCAACGUCUCGAAGCUGGUCUUCGAUGGCAAAUUCCUCCGUGAUCUAUCCUUCGCGUACGACGCCGUGGGACACUUGCCGAACUGGCUGAACAUGCUCUCGUUCUCGCCUGCCUACUUCCACAACGUGAUCGUCUCGUCGACUCCGAAUCCCGUCAUCCACCUGUCGCUUGCCCCCUACACCAGCGCAGUGCGCGAGACCAUGACGCUCUGCAAGGACAAGGUCAGCCUGUCGUCGCCGCAAGGCCGGUAUCUCGUCUCGCGCUACGUCUACCGCGGCACGCUCCGCCUCGUUGCGGGCCAGAUCAUUGGCGACGCAGCUGGAGCAGGUGGACUCGGACCUGGCGGAAUCGAGGUCGUCCACGAGGAUUGGGCGGGACAGGUCGUCGUCGAGACGGAGGGGACGACAGAGCAUGCGACGAUGCUCCUUGCCAGGGUCGCCUCGGUUGAGCCGACGCCGUGGCGAGUGAUUCGGGAAAAGAGUCGCCCGGGAAGGAUCUGGCUGAGACCCGUGCUCGAAAACGAGACGGCGUGA